AUGACCGGUGGCUCUGGGGACGAGCUCAAAGAGAAGAAGGCUGUUUCCCUAUGCUAUACCCAAGAAGACUGGAAGACUGACGAAAGAUCCACGCCAGCAGAAAGGGGGAUUGACCAAGCACGAGCUCGAGUCGUCUCUGCUUCUAGAGACCCAUCAGGGUGUGUCGAGGCCGAGCAACCUGCAGCUCAUGCAGACAUUGCAUUUUCGAAGAAUUUCGUCGACUGCGGUCUCGAUUCGCGCUAUUUGACAGCAAUCACAACGAAUGUCAACAACCCCUUCAGCUCCGGCGAGACGAACCACUUCGAACCACAUGCAACCUUCCACACAUAUCUUGACAAAGCUUUCAGUCUCGAUUUCUGCUCAUCGUGGAGAGAAGAUACUCGAGGAUUCGGCAAACAAGGAGACAACCUCGAUGGCGAACGGUACUGGUCUCACACCCUGGGCGAUCCGAUCGUUCAUCUUUUAAAGUCGCAAAAGUACUCCGAGUUUCAGAUUGAGCGGUUCCUUGGCUUCUUUUCCUCUCAACUGAUCCAAGCUUUAGGGGAGCGCUUCGAUCACAGGAAGAGUAACAACGGCUCCAAAUGGUGCUCCUUGAUGUGUGACGAUGGUUCACCUGUCGAGAUGGGUCUAGCAUGGAAAGCCAAAAAUGAUGCUCCUCAUGCACAGGUACGCUUUGCUAUCGAGCCUGUUGAUGAUGACGAAGUACGUCAAUCGGGAACAAAUCUGGGCGCCACGCACAGACUGAUCCAUCAGCUUCAAGAAUGCGGAUACCUCUCCUUCAACGGCAGGGAUCUUUUCCAACGUGUCGAUCAGGCCGUAUCCGAAGUUUUAGACUCUAGCGAUGUGGCCUCCAAGACGCAAACUCGAUAUAUGGUCGGCUUCGAUAUACUUCGUCCUGACAGUGCCCUUGAGCCGUUAGUACAGAUCAAAGCCUAUUUCGUGCUUCCUGGCUUGUUCUCGCCCAGAACAGCAGCGGAACACGACUUGGCACACGGCCAGCUCGAGAAGAUACUCGAAGCCAUCAAGGACGUCGCACGCGCUCCGGGGUUCACUCAGCUCAAAUCGUACCUGGACACGCUUUCAGAUGCUACCACAGGCCGUCCUGUCAUUCUUUCGGUCGAUCUUGAAGCGAACGGUAGUCCCCUAACGCAUCAAGGCGGCAAAUGGGCGCGUCCUAUUGAUGUUGGACAAACAGCCGAACGGGCGUGGUCGAAGCUCAUGGCCCCUAUUCCUGUGCAUCACACAUUGGAUGAAACCGGAGACUACUAUGGUGCCAAAAUCGUAGAUCCAUUCAAGUCAACUGGAGGAUCUCUAUUCUACUUCGACCUCAGCUGGAAAGCACCCGAUGCCCCGGAAGGACCUGCAAGACCUGCUCCAUCCAAAGCAUAUGUUCCUGUCAGACAUCUAAAUGCUUCGAUUGCAGGUACAGGCUGUCCAGAAGGAAAUAUCGUGGAGCUCGAAAUCACUCGUCGCUGUGCGGAUCUCCUAAUUGACACUGGGCGUGUCAGAGCGGCCAGAGCGUAUCUCAAAGCCCUAGCUCCAUUUUGCCGUCGUUCGAACAGUGACGAGGAGGAGAUCUGUCGCUUUGCUCCAGUGACUGGCACUCACACGUAUGUCUGUGCAGAAGGACCACCAGACAACCCGGACAUCUGUAUUUAUAUAAGACCACUCCUUUCCCCCUGGUGA